GUAAUUCGCGCGCUAUUUAAAAAGAACAGUGGUAUUUCUCCUUGCUGAUCAUAUCAUCUUGUUAGACCUACAACACCAGCCAUACACACCCUAAUCUCUGAUUUAACCGUCCCAAGCGGUUUUGUAAUUAAGAAAGAAAGAUUGUAAUUGACGGAAAAGCAGUGUUAGUGUCAUGAUUUUGUAUCACGUCUCCUUGCUGAUCUUUCUUACGUUUGUUAGAGGGGACACUAUGACUGAUUUCGUCUUACCAUCUAAAUGUGAAGUUUGCAAGUUUCUUGUAACAGAAAUUCUGUCUCGUCUUCAAGAAACCAAGUCAAGUGAUACUCUGAAUAUAAGAUCUGUCCAAGGGGAUUCAAAGAAGGUUAAAUAUGAAACAUCAGAACUCAGACUUUAUGAAGUUCUGGAAGAUCCUCCUAUUUGCAACAGGCUACUUCAGUACAAAGUUCAUAAAGAGCGUCAAGACAGUAGCAGAUUUGACAAAGGAACACCUCAGACAAUGAAGUCUCUUACGGAACUGGUGAACCGUGGCGUUGAUGUGAAGCUGGAUGUCCCUUUUGAGCUGUGGGAUAAACCGCCUGCAGAAGUCACAGCCUUAUUCAAGGAGUGUAUCCCACUUGUUAAUGAAUACCAAGACAUUAUAGAAGAAUGGUUUUACAACAAUCAAGAUGUAAAUCUUUAUGAUUACCUUUGCCGUGAAAAUGUUCUAGACAAAUCUUCUCAAGGGUGCUUGGAUGAAAAAUCUCCAAAUCAACCAAAACAUUCUCCAGAAUCACACCAGUCGGAUGAGUUAUAAUUUAUGUACAACACAUUGACGUCACUCCUUACCAGUUUUUAUUGGUUCUACAUUUGGAUUCAUAGGGUUUUUUUGCACGUGUAACUGCAUUUCAAAUGAACCUUUUCUACUGACCAAUAAUUGUAUCGUAUAUUCCUUUUUUAACUAAAUGUUGGACAUUUGUAAUCAGUUUGUUAUUACGUUUACCUCACUCUUUCAUUAGAUUGGAAUGAUGUUUUGGUUAUUAUGUUUGGUUUGGUUAUUAUGUAGUUAAAAUCCUUUCGGAUUUUACAUUUGCCUAAAGAUAUUAUUGAAAUAAUUUAUUCGGAUAUAGCCCCUAACAUGUUAGUUUGAGGUAUUCAUAAAUAAACAAAGAUCAUCAACAUAGAACCUGAC